AUGGCCCAUACAUGGUGGCAGAACAACAGUGGCAAAGUGGAAUUGGGAUAUGAGAGGAGACUGCUGCAGGACAUAAUUGCAGAAGCUGCAGAAUUUUUUGCAGGAGUAUCAAAUGGCAGCAUUUUGCUACCCCUGCUUAUUAAUUCACAUCCAUCACCCACUGCCAAAUGUGCUGCAUUACAUGCAAUGUGCACAGAAGGCUUGAAGGAUAUUGAUCAGGAGUUAUUGUAUCUUUCCAAGUUAAUCUUACAUUCACAGGAGCAGAUGUCAUCACUGGAAGCUGUUACCUGA